ACAACAACAAACAUUCCAAAGUUGUUUACUUCUUCUUCUUCUUCCUUCCGCAAGGAAAAUUUCUUCGUACAAGUAAGAAAGAAAGAAAGGAAUCAUGAUUGGACCAAACUUCAUGGAUGAGAUAGACUGCGGGAGCUUCUUUGACCACAUUGACGACUUGCUUGAUUUCCCAAAUGAAGAUAUUGAAGCUGGGUUAGCUGCUGCCGAUUCUAAGUCGUUCCCCAGUCUGUGGCCAACUCAGUCCGAUUCAUUGCCCGGUUCCGACUCGGUCUUCUCAAACAAUAGCUCCACAGACCUCUCCGCCGAGCUCUCCGUUCCAUAUGAAGACAUUGUUCAACUUGAAUGGCUUUCGACCUUUGUUGAGGAUUCCUUCUCCGGAGGAAGCCUUACGAUUAAUAAACAGGUGUCGUCUUCCAUUAACAAGGAUGAUUCAUCCCUUAAUCAGUUCCGGACGUCGAGUCCAGUUUCUGUUCUAGAGAGCAGUAGCUCCUGCUCAGGAGAGAAAAAUUUGUUGGGCAGCCCCGAAACACUUGCCACAGGAAGACGAGGACGUGCUCGCAGCAAGCGUCCUCGUCCUGCCACUUUUAAUCCUCGCCCUCCGGUUCAACUUAUCUCACCGACUUCUUCAGUCACUGAGGCGCACCAGCCCUUUGUUGCCCCUAAGGUCCCAUCUGAUUCUGAGAAUUUUGCUGAGUCUCGCCUUGUGAUCAAGAUACCGAAGCAAUUUAACUCAGAGUAUAAGAAGAAAAAGAAGAUCAAAUUGACAGUUCCCCAAGAUUCUACUGAGAAUAAUCAAAAUCAACCAACUCAAGCAGUUAGGAAAUGCAUGCAUUGUGAGAUAACAAAGACGCCACAAUGGAGGGCAGGACCAUUGGGGCCGAAAACCCUUUGCAAUGCAUGUGGGGUUCGUUACAAAUCAGGCAGGCUCUUCCCCGAAUACAGGCCUGCAGCUAGCCCAACAUUUGUUCCGGCCUUGCACUCCAAUUCCCACAAGAAGGUUCUUGAAAUGAGAAACAAGGGCGGUGAGAAGCCUGCAAUUGCCGGAAUUGAGAAAUGAUAACCAAUCUCAGGAGUUGAUUCCAAAUAGCAACAACCUCGCACUGGAGUACAUUUGAGGGAUAGGCUGAGGCAGAGAGCGAUAUUCCUAGUGGGGAAUAUUUCUCAUUGACUUCCCUCACUUUUUCCAGUCGUAAUAUGCUAUUUGCUUACUUAUUUCAUUUCUUCGUUCAUUUGAUUUUGUACAGGGAUGAAAUGGGGAAUUAGGAACAGUAGAUAACCAAUAUUUAGCUAGUAGAAGAGGAAAGAGAAGGAUUGUAAUGAGAGAACUGGAAAA